UUGAACUGCAAAUGCACACAAGUCUCCAGUCUAUGCUGUCUAUAUCCUGCAUACACUUCUUGCAGAUCAGCUCCACAUAUUUGUCACUUGAACCAACACUUCCUAAGAGCAGGAAGUUAUAACAGCACAGAGAGCGAGAGAUAUUUCCAAAAGCUUUGGAUAAAUUAGCAUCAAAUUCAGAUUUUAUAAAGUUUUUAUGUACAAACACUGACUUAUCCCAAAACAAAAACAAAGCAAAAUAAAAACCUCCAGAAAAUGUUUAAGAGGAUACCUAAUAAAUGCAGAGCCCAUGACAAAGUACUGUGGGAAUGAAAAUAUGAAUAGAGCAUAAAAUCUGAUCUUAAAGGAAAAAUCAGCUACCAUCCAUGGUGACUGUGAGAUACGUAAUUUGCAAGUUAUAGGUAUAAAGCCCAUGAGAAUGGAUAAGGCUAACCAGAAGGUGGGGGAAAUGCAGUACUCACAAAUGGUUGCCUGUUUUUCCCAGAGUUUUAUUUGGCCUGUACAGUGUUUUUUAAAACGAUGUUAUCUGCCAAUAUUUAAAAAUUGGGAGAUUUCACCCCAAAAAAUCAAAUUCAACUUCUCUUGGAAAAUUAAUUAAAAGAAAUUGCAACACUGGGCUCAUGUUGCCACUCAGCAAUAACUGGAGCUGAAAAGCAGUGGCUACCUUUAGAAUGACCAUGUGUCCUUCAAUUAGCCACCUUUCUCAUUGUCUUCACUAAUUGUAUUUACCUGCCUGCUCCUUGUAGGCAUCUGAAUUUGUGACCGUCUGUGUAGAAUCAGAAAAGAAUUCUAAGAAAGGAAAACUGAAUCAUGUGCAUCCAGCUAUGGCUGUUUAUAAGCCAGUGUCUCUUCCCCACUAAAAAUUAGCUGUUUAAGAUCAGACUUGAUGCUCCAUUCAUCUUUUCAUUCCAUUACUCUUCCACGGGCUCUGCACAUACGAGGUAUCCUCCAAGCAUUUUCUGCAAGUUUUUGUUUUGUAUUGUUUGUUUUUGGUUUGGGAUAAGUCAGCAUUUAUAUAUAUAAACUUAAACUUAUAAAACCUGAAUUUGAUGCUAAUUUACCCAAAGGCAUAUUCAUUAUUCAUUUCCCCUAUUCACUGUCAUUACCCUAAACAUCUGCUCUGAUCAAAUAAGGGUCUUAUUGAAGCUUUAUGACCUUCUGUGGUCAGUAGCUAGAGUUGCACAUCCAGAGUUAAGUAAUAUAGUUAGUUCUGUAUCAUACAAAGGAUACAAUAAGAAUAUAAUAAAACCUCAAGAAAUAUGAAAAAAUUAUUUUCAGUUUAUUGGGCUACUUUUUAAUUUUCCAUGCCAUUCUUCAUUUAGAAAGAUCAAAGAGAAGGACUUGAGAUCACAUACUUUUAUGACUGCAACACUAAGGGAAGGAGAAAGGGGAAAAGUUUACAUUCUUAAAAAGAAGAAAAAAAUCAAUGUGCUAGUUAGAAUUGUAUCAGAAUCCAACAAAGUUUCACAGGCUUGUGGCAAUAAGUUCCUACUGCCAAUUAGGAAUAUAAAAGAAUUAACUGUAUUAUCAAGAUCAAAGAAAUAUUAGAGCCACUUAUCUGCAUACUCUCAAUCCCAAGGUUUUGCUUUAUUUUAAUUUUCUCACCUUUUUCCUGCUAAGUAAAGAAAGUGAGAUAUUAGCUCAUAUUUAAAAAAAAAGAUAUAGUAACUAUGACAUGAAAGUUAGAUCAAUGUAGCUGUAGGGACCCGGAGCAUACAGACCUCGCUGGCUUCACUCUUACUUCGGUGUCUGCUGCACCCUCCCCUUCCUCUCCUAGGCCACGAGACCCAGCGGCUAGAAAUUCACCAUGCCUAUUCUCAAGGUCCAUGCCAGGGAGAUCUUUGACUCUCCUGGGAAUCCCACUGUUGAGGUUGAUCUCUUCACCUCAAAAAGUGUCUUCAGAGUUGCUGUGCCCAGUGAUGCUUCAACUGGUAUCUAUGAGGCCCUAGAGCUCCGGGACAAUGAUAAGACUCGCUACAUGGGGAAGGGUAUCUCAAAGGCUGUUGAGCACAUGGUUAAAACUACUGCGCCUGCCCUGGUUAGCAAGAAACUGAACGUCACAGAACAAGAGAAGAUUGACAAACUGCUGAUCGAGAUGGAUGGAACAGAAAAUAAAUCCAAGUUUGGUGCAAACGCCAUUCUGGGGGUGUCCCUCGCCAUCUGCAAAGCCAGUGCCGUUGAGAAGGGGGUUCCCCUGUACCGCCACAUCGCUGACUUGGCUGGCAACUCUGAAGUCAUCCCGCCAAUCCCGGCUUUCAAUGUCAUCAAUGGCGGUUCUCAUGCCGGCAACAAGCUGGCCAUGUAAGAGUUCAUGAUCCUCCCAGUUGGUGCAGCAAACUUCAGGGAAGCCAUGCGCAUUGGAGCCGAGGUUUACCACAACCUGAAGAAUGUCAUCAGGAAGAAAUACGGGAAAGAUGCCACCAAUGUGGGGGAUGAACACGAAGUAUCUGAAAGAUGUCACUUUACAGAAACAGUGUGUACCAUUCUGACAUUACAAUGGUGGAGUUGGCAGGUGUGCCCAGGCCAAGCAGUGGGGCUGGACACAAGGUCCGUGGCCCAAAAAGAGUGCUGAAUUUUUGCUGCACAUGCUUAAAAAUGCAGAGAAUAAUGCUGAACUUAAGGGUUUAGAUGUAGAUUCUCUGGUCAUUGAGCAUAUCCAAGUGAACAAAGCACCUAAGAUGCGCCGACGGAUCUACAGAGCUCAUGGUCGGGUUAACCCAUACAAGAGCUCUCCCUGCCACAUUGAGAUGAUUCUUACUGAAAAGGAACAGAUUGUUCCUAAACCAGAAGAGGAGGUUGCCCAGAAGAAAAAGAUGUCCCAGAAGAAACUGAAGAAACAAAAAUUUAUGGCACAGGAAGUAAAUUCAGCAUUAAAAUAAAUGUAAUUAGAAG